UCAUUUUUCUUUACCGGCAUUUCAGCAACACUGCCGGACGCCGUUUCUACCAGCAGGAAAAGGCACCGUUUAUUCCUCUUUUUGUAUUUAGCUUUACACACUUACUUUAAACAUGCCUGGAUAUUCCGACAGAGACCGCGGCAGAGACAGAGAUAGAGGUUAUGGCGGUGGCCCUCGUUUUGGCGGAGGCCGUGGUGGAGGCGGAGGAAAGUUUGGCAAUCCCGGUGAGCGACUGCGGAAGAAGCACUGGAACCUGGACGAACUCCCGAAGUUCGAGAAAAACUUUUAUCAGGAGCAUCCUGACGUUACCCGAAGAUCUCCGCAUGAAGUUGAAGAAUACAGAAGGACUAAGAUCAUCACACUGAAAGGGAGGGACUGCCCAAAUCCCAUCCUAAAGUUUGAUGAAGCAAGCUUCCCCUCCUAUGUGAUGGAGGUGAUCACCAAACAAAAUUUCACUGACCCCACACCAAUCCAGGCUCAGGGAUGGCCUCUGGCUCUGAGUGGCAAGGAUAUGGUUGGCAUUGCACAGACUGGCUCUGGCAAGACCCUUUCUUACCUACUGCCUGCAAUUGUCCACAUUAACCACCAGCCUUUCCUGGAACGUGGCGAUGGACCAAUUUGUUUAGUGCUUGCUCCAACUCGUGAGCUGGCACAGCAGGUGCAACAGGUGGCAGCAGAAUAUGGCAGAGCUUCUCGUCUAAAGUCCACCUGUAUUUACGGAGGGGCACCUAAGGGACCCCAGAUUCGUGAUCUGGAAAGAGGUGUGGAAAUCUGCAUCGCCACUCCAGGAAGACUCAUUGAUUUCCUUGAGUCAGGAAAGACAAAUCUUCGCAGAUGCACUUACCUCGUGCUGGAUGAGGCAGACAGAAUGCUGGACAUGGGCUUUGAGCCACAGAUCCGCAAGAUCGUCGACCAAAUCAGACCUGACAGACAGACACUGAUGUGGAGUGCAACUUGGCCUAAAGAGGUUCGCCAGCUGGCAGAGGACUUCCUGAAAGAGUAUGUGCAGAUCAACAUUGGAGCACUGCAGCUCAGUGCCAACCACAACAUCCUCCAGAUCGUGGAUGUCUGCAACGAUGGCGAGAAAGAGGACAAGCUCAUCCGUCUGCUCGAGGAAAUCAUGAGUGAGAAAGAAAAUAAGACGAUCAUUUUUGUGGAGACGAAGAGGCGGUGUGAUGACCUUACACGGAGGAUGAGAAGGGAUGGGUGGCCGGCAAUGGGAAUCCAUGGUGAUAAAAGCCAGCAGGAGAGAGACUGGGUUCUCAAUGAGUUCAAGUUUGGGAAGGCGCCUAUUCUCAUUGCCACAGAUGUUGCAUCCCGAGGUCUAGGUAUCCAGAGGGGGAAGGAGGAUUCUUGGAGGUGUCCUGACUGGGGAGGCACGGGUCUCACAGUCAAGGAGAUGAACAGAGAUGUUGAAGAUGUGAAAUUUGUCAUCAACUUUGACUACCCCAACAACUCUGAGGACUAUAUCCACCGCAUUGGCAGAACGGCUCGUAGCCAAAAGACAGGCACAGCCUAUACCUUCUUCACCCCAAACAACAUGAGGCAGGCCAGUGACCUCAUCUCUGUCCUCCGGGAGGCUAACCAGGCCAUCAAUCCCAAGCUCCUCCAAAUGGCAGAAGAUAGAGGAGGUCGUUCAAGGGGCGGCCGAGGUGGUGACUACAGAGAUCGUCGGGAUAGGUAUUCCUCCGGAAGGCGUGAUUUUGGUAGGGACAGGGAUAACGGUAGAGGCUUUGACAAUGGACCAAAUAAGGCCUAUGGUGCAAAUACGCAGAAUGGAGGCUAUGGAGUUAAUGCUAUCACUAGCAAUGGCUACAGCGCUGCGGCCUACAAUGCUAAUGGACAGUCUAACUUUGUAACCCAACAAGCGGCGUCCUAUAACGGCCAGAGCAACUUCCAGGCUGUCGCUCAGAAUGGUGUGAGCCAUGCUGCAUUCCCCUUCCCCCAGGCACAGGCUCCCCAGCAGCAUCCUCCAUCCCUGGUGCCAUACACCAUGCCUCCACAGUUCCCUCAGUAAAUGCACCAUAUACUUGAAAAGAAGUAAUUUAUUGCUUUUUUUUUGUCUUUUUAAGUUCUAUACCUAAUCCAGUUUUUUGUAUUUACACAACAGGGUUAAAAUUUCAACCUCUAUCAAGCCUUUUUGAGAUCUGCAGUGCAGCAAUAGUGUUGCACUCUUGUUUUUCCUAAUAUUUAAUUUGUUACAUUCCUCAGUAAUGUUUAGUUCAAGUUUUGUAAUAGGUAAUUACAGGUGUAUUGGUUUUCACGUGUAUCAUUGAAAGUGAUGAGCUUCUCCCUUGGAAGUGCACUGCAUGAUCUUUAAAAAAUAAAGAGAAAAAAAGAG